ACUCAGAAUUUUCAAUUGUACUGAAUUACUUUUAUUGAUAUGCAGUGUUGUGUAAUGAGUCAGUAACUUUUUUUGUUAUAUGCAAGGAGUUUGAGAUAUGCAAGGAGUGCGAGAUAUGCAAGGAGUUCAUGAAAAUACGCAAAAUAACGUUAUGGAACAAGAACCUCCAGCAGCAACCACACCAGCAGCAACAACACCCAUUGAGGUCUGCACAAAUCAGCCUCCUAUUGGCCGGAAGAGAAGAAGAGCUAAUGCAAAUGCUAUUAGAAAGAGGUCUGAGGUAUGGGACCAUUUUAACCUUAUUCCCAAUAGUGAUCCCGCUACUGCGGCAUGUAAGUACUGCCAUCAAAAGUAUAUGUGUGACUCUAAGAAACACGGAACGUCAAAUUUAAAGAGUCACAUGAAAACAUGUCCUAAGUAUCCGUUGAACCUUUCAACCGACCCUACCCAAACCGUAUUGACAUAUUCAACAAUUCCGGGAGUUGGGUUGGUUCCAACAUCUUCUAGGUUUGAUCCUGUAGGUUGUAGAAAGGGGUUGGCUUACUUUAUCAUUUUAGAUGAGAAACCCUUUAGAACAGUUGAAGGAGAGGGAUUCAAGUACUUUUGUUACCAAAUGCAACCCCAAUUUACAAUACCCUCAAGAAGAACCAUAGCUAGGGAUUGUUUUCAGAUAUAUCUUGAUGAGAAAGUGAGGUUAAAAGCAUUAUUUGGUUCUGAUUGUAGUAGGGUGGCAAUUACAACAGAUUGUUGGACUUCCGUUCAAAAUCUAAACUACCUGACCCUCACCGCUCAUUUUAUAGAUAGGGAUUGGCAAUACCAAAAAAGGAUAAUCAGCUUUGCGAUUAUCCCAAAUCACCGAGGUAAAACAGUUGGUAAGAAGGUUGAGGAUGUGCUGAAGGAGUGGGGGCUGAGAAACGUUUCAACUAUCACGGUAGAUAAUGCGGCAUCAAAUGAUGUUGCUGUUAAGUAUUUAGAGCAGAAGAUAAGAAACAUGAAUGGACUUUUUAUGGAUGGAUUUGGAUUUCACAUGAGGUGCUGUGCACAUAUACUGAAUUUGGUCGUGAGAGAUGGAUUAAAAGUAGCCAGCACCUUAAUUUCAAGUGUUCGAAAUGCGAUAAGGUAUGUGAGAUCUUCACCCCAUAGAGCGUUAAAGUUCAAUGAAUGUGUGGGUUAUGCCAAUAUUACAUGCAAGAAGUCGGUAUGUCUUGAUAUUUCAACUCGUUGGAACUCGACGUAUUUGAUGUUAGAUGCAGCUGAGAAGUAUGAAACAGCUUUUGAUAAGCUAGAAGAUGAGGUUGAGGAUUAUAGGGAUUUCUUUGAAGCUUUCCCUUUCUUGGCUGGAAUUUACGUUGAGCUUAAGUCCUUAAACUUGGACCUAAAUGGGCUGUUUGCUAGUGUGGCUAAGGAAAUGUUGGAUAAAUUUAAGAAAUAUUGGAUUGAUAUCACUAAGAUGAACCAACUCCUCUAUUUGGGUGUUAUUUUUGAUCCCCGGUAUAAGUUACGAUUUGUGGACUGGUGCUUUACUGAUAUGUAUGGACCACUUUCAGAAACUAAGAAAUCUUUGUUAGAAGAGAUCAAUAACAAUCUCUCAAAAAUCUUCAUGGUUUACAAACAAGCCUAUGACAAUGUCGAAGGACCUGUCCCAGCUAUGGCAGCCACUGUUUCUAUUGGUGAAACUGCUGCCAACAUCGAAGUACCGGCACAUGUAGCUAGACAGAAUGCUUUUCAGCAACAUUUGAAGUCUAUGGAUUCGGUUGAAGAAAGAAUACCCAGUUCUGUCCCAAAUUGUUAG